AUGCUGAAACUGAGAAUAGCUUUAGCUACAUUAUCUGCAUUUGCUAUUCUCCUCUUUCUGUUUUUCAUCCUCUUCAGCAUCCACUUCAAGUCCCUUCUUUUACCUCCUACAUACACUAGCAUCACACUCCACAAGACAUCUUCUCCACAACAAAAAUUCAGCCUUCUGAUCGGAAUCCUCACACGCCCCGACAACUACGACCGUCGCCACUUCCUCCGCCUCAUCUACGGAAUUCAAUCCUCCCCCAUAGCCAGAAUUGACGUCAAGUUUGUUUUCUGCAAUCUCACAAAACCGGAACAAAGAGUCUUCGUAGCCCUCGAGAUCAUGCGGUUUAACGAUAUAAUCAUUCUUAAUUGUUCAGAAAACAUGAAUAGUGGCAAAACGUACACGUAUUUCUCGACUCUCCCUCGGAUCCUAUCCCGACAAUAUGACUAUGUAAUGAAGGCUGAUGAUGAUGUAUUCAUAAGACUUGAGCCAUUGGCAUUGUCUCUGCAGCCAUUACCAAGAUUUGAUUUGUACUAUGGUUUUGUGAUUCCAUGUCCUAGCAUGAACCCCUUUGUGAAUUACAUGUCGGGAAUGGGUUUCGUGUUAUCCUGGGAUCUCGUUGAAUGGAUUGGGAAUUCUGAAAUUCCUAAGAAUCAUACGUUUGGACCGGAAGACAAGAUGGUUGGGCAAUGGCUGAAUGCAGGGAACAAGGCCAAAAAUAGGUUUUCUAACAAGCCAGCAAUGUAUGACUAUCCUGGAACUAAUGGAAGGUGCUCACACCAGCUUAUACCAGAUACAGUUGCAGUUCACAGGUAUCAUGAUAACAAGAUAGGUUAA